GUGGAUUGGAACCCUGGUCUUAAACGACAUCGACAGAGUUGUCUCAAGAUCUCAUUACACAUUACGAGCUUUACGUGGUUUUCAUACAUUCUUUACAAAUGGCACAUGUCUUGAGACCUGAGACACCGCCAUGUGGCCAGCGUGUACCAGUGACACAUGGGCCCAAAGACACCAAUUUCACCAUUGAAAUCCUGCCGAUCACUCCGCCAGAAACCCCAACGAAAGAGUCCAAGCAGAAAGACCCCUUCGACGCUUCUUCACCUGUUGCCAAAUUCCAGAAUCUCAUCAGCCCCGAGACACGACCCCUCGUUGCUGUCAUCGGCGUUGGCUAUGUCGGCACACACCUCGUCAGCAACUUCUCACGACACUGGGACGUCCUCGGCUUCGAUCUUUCGGAAAGCCGUGUACAAUCCCUGGAGGCUGAUGCAGAGUUUGCUUCAAAUCCCCACGUGGAGUUUACCACUUCGCAUGAGCGCCUAGCCAACGCGACACACUACCUCAUAUCGGUUCCAACUCUUCUGCUGGCCGACAAGACUAUCGACGUUUCGUACCUCAAGUCUGCUCUUGAGACAACUUUCCAAUAUGCUCAAGCUGGUGCUACCGUUGUUAUCGAGAGCUCUGUUGCCGUUGGCAUGACAAGAGAACUCCUCGGCCCACUUGCAAAGGCCCGCGGCUGCUUCGCUGGAAUGUCCCCAGAGAGAGUGGAUCCUGGCCGGACGGAACCCCCCGCGCGACUUAUUCCCAAGGUCAUCUCCGGACUGGACGAUGUCUGCCCUGGCUCGCUAGCGGCGAUCACCCGCCUCUACGAUCCAAUCUUCGAAAGCCUGGUGCCCGUAUCGCGCCCCGAAGUAGCCGAGUUUACCAAACUCUACGAGAAUUGCCAGCGCAUGAUCAACAUCGCUUAUGCCAAUGAGAUGGCGGAUGCAUGCAGCAGCCUUGGAGUUGAUCCCUAUGAAGUUUGCAGCGCAGCGGCCUCCAAGCCAUUUGGCUACAUGGACUACAAGCCAGGACUUGGCGUUGGUGGCCAUUGUAUUCCCGUCAACCCGUGGUACCUUCUUUCAGGAUGCGAGAUGCCCCUCUUGCGGCGCGCUGCGGAGACCAUGGACAACAGACCUUCCUCCAUCGCGAAAAGAUACGCAGGUUACCUGAAGCAGAACGCUAAAAGCGAUGGGAGACGAUCAAGGGUUCUCGUGGUAGGCAUGGGCUUCAAAAAAGGGCAGAGCACUUUGAGCUACUCCCCAGGCCUUCAGCUGGCUAGGGAACUCAAGAAGACUGGACAUGCCGAAGUCUGGUUUGCGGAUCCACUAGUCGAGCAGAAAUCUGUUCCUUUUAUUCAGAAGCUGAACGAUUGGGAUGGCAGGUGGUUGAAGGAGUUUGAUCUCAUUGUGGUGGCUAUGCGCCAGGUUGGACUCGACUUUGAGUUGCUGGAAGGGCUGGAGAGUGGCUGUGUCGAAUGGUGGUGUCCUUGACAGUGG